UUUCAACCUCUUUUUUUCUGUAUAAAAACACUUCCUAUAACAAUUCCUCCUCCACCACCACCACUACCACCAUUCAAUUCAUUGUCUUACUAACUAUAGCCAUGAAGCUCUUCAAUGCAUUAUUUAUGCUCUCUGCAGCUACAAUAGCAUUGGCCAUAGUUACAUCUUCUUUGGCUGAUGCAUCAUCUAAAAUUGAAGAAGAGAGUGAAUCAUCUUUAAGGGGAUUCAGCCGGUUCCUUGCGCCACACUACUGGACGGCAUACAUGAGAUGCAACAAGUAUCCAAGUGUUUGCAGGAUGAAGAACAGCCCUGGCCCUGACUGCUGCAAGAAGAAAUGUGUGAAUGUGAAGAGUGACCGUUUCAACUGUGGAAUGUGUGGAUAUAGGUGCAAGUACACUGAGGUUUGCUGCAAGGGCAAAUGUGUCAAUAUAUAUUAUGACAAAAGAAACUGUGGUGGCUGCUACAAGAAGUGCAGGAAGGGAGAGUAUUGUGCUUAUGGAAUGUGCAACUAUGCAUAA